AUGCGCAAACCUUUGGAUGGCCAUCCCAAUGGUCUCUUGAAUGACUCUCUAUCGAAUGGCCAUGGCCAGGAUGGGCGUACAAAUGGCGACGUUAAUGCGGUGCAUACAAACGGCAGAUUCACACCGGAGCCUCUGAAAUCUGGCUCAACUGUCCCUAUUGCCAUUUGUGGCAUGGGCAUGCGAUUACCAGGCGGUAUCCGAGACGAUGAAGCCCUGUAUGACUUCCUCAUCAACAAGAUGGAUGCACGUUCCUCAACCCCCGCGGACCGAUAUAAUGUCGACGCAUACUACAGUCCACACGGCAAACCAGGGACCAUCAUCACCAAGCAUGGCUACUUCCUUAAUGACACCGACUUUUCAAAGUUCGACCCUUCCACCUUCAGCAUCACCGCCGCCGAGGCAGCUCAAUUGGAUCCCAGCCAACGACUAGUCCUCGAGGUGGUUCGCGAGGCAUUGGAGAGGGCGGGCGAGUCAAAUUGGCGUGGAAAGAAGAUUGGCACAUACGUGGGGCUGUUCUCGGAGGACUGGCAGGAUCUACAUCACAAAGACGUGAACUUUUACGAUCCAUACAACCUGAUCGGUGUACUCGACUUUGCCAUCGCGAAUCGGAUCUCCUACGAAUACGAUCUGAAAGGUCCUAGUGUCAUGGUGAAGACUGCCUGCUCGUCAGCUGGAAUCGGAUUGCAUGAGGCUAUUCAGGAAAUUCAGCGGGGCUCCAUUACGUCGGCAAUUGUUGCUGGCGCCAACCUGAUAUUGUCACCUGGAAUGACGGUCGCCAUGAGCGUUCAGGCGGCCCUAUCCCCCGAAGGCUCGUCUAAGUCCUUCGAUGCUGGAGCGGAUGGUUAUGCCAGAGGCGAAGCGGUGACUGUGUUAUAUAUCAAGCGGCUGGACGAGGCCAUCCGCGACGGAAAUCCGAUACGAGCUGUCAUUCGAUCAUCCGCCAGUAAUGCUGACGGGAAAACGGCGGGAGUUACCAACCCGAGUGCUGAGGCCCAUGAGGCAGCAAUCCGUGAAGCGUAUUCCAACGCAGGUCUUGACCUUUCUCGAACUGCCAUGGUAGAGGCACAUGGCACAGGCACGCCGACGGGAGACCCCAUUGAGGCAAAGGCCAUUGCAAGCUGUUUUGGGAAAGAUGGAGUGUACAUGGGCACGGUGAAACCGAAUAUGGGCCAUAGCGAAGGCGCAGCGACCAUCACGAUCCCCUGGAAAGAAGCAAAGCUGGUCGUCCCGGUCGAGCCUUGCCCAUGGCCCGUUGAUCGUGCUGAGCGACUGAGUGUCAACUCGUAUGGAAUCGGUGGCUCCAAUGUCCACUUUAUCCUGGAUUCUGCAGCCUCCUUUGGACUGGGCGUCCCACAAUCCAUCCCACCGUCACUCAAACCACAGAAGCAGAAGAAGACGGUACUGGUUUUCUCUGCAGGACAUCCAGAGUCUGUGAAGGUCAUGGUCAAAAAUCACCAAGAGUAUCUGUCCAGGUUCCCAGGGUUCAUAUGGGACUACAACUCAUGGCUGACUGCCCAUCAUUCCUGGCCAAUAUCCAAUCGAUGGAUAGAAUUCUACAGGGACUUGAGCAUGCCCCUUCGUGAUAUCCUUUGCUAUUCCGAUGACAAACGCCUCCUUUCCCGAGCAGAAUGCGCCCAACCAAUCUGCACUGCCCUCCAAAUCGCCCUGGUCGACCUCCUAGCAUGCUGGGGUAUCAGACCUUCAGCGGUUGUUGGCCAUUCCAGUGGUGAGAUUGCGGCCUCCUAUGCAGCAGAGUGCCUGACAAAGGAAGAAGCGAUGGCCGUUGCUUUCUAUCGUGGAUAUGUCUGCAAGAACCCUUCACGAAUGGGUGGAAUGGCAGCCAUUGGCUUAGGAAAAGCAGAGGUAUUCCGCUUCCUUGUCCCAGGUGUAACUGUUGCGUGUGAAAACAGUCCAUCUAGUGUCACGUUGGCUGGGGAUCUCGACGUACUAGAAAAGGUCAUAGGUGAUAUCAAAAAGCACGAUGAAGGGAUCUUUGUCCGAAAACUACAGGUGGAAAUGGCAUAUCACUCCGACCACAUGCGCCUUGUCGGAAACACCUAUUGCGACCUCACCACCGAGAAGCUCGACCCACGCUCACCCAAGAUCCCAUUCUACUCUAGCGCUGAUGGAGGAAAAGUCCUGUCCAAAGCGUUCCAGUUUGGCCCUCGCUACUGGCAGCACAAUCUGGAGAGCCCUGUUCUGUUCUACGAUGCCGUCAGGUCGAUGCUUUCUAGCUCACCUCAGAUGGCUUUACUGGAGGUCGGACCACACUCAGCUCUGCGUGGAGCCCUGCGCCAGAUCUCACAAAAAUUAUCCAUCCCUAUACAAUACAUGUCUACUCUAUGUCGCAAUGAGAAUGACACCGACACGUUUCUGUCUGCGAUAGGCCAGCUCUACAUAGCAGGAGUGGACAUCAGUGUUCCUACUGAUCCUGUGAAUUCGGUGGUAUUGACUGAUCUUCCCACAUAUCCUUGGUACUACGAGCGGGAAUACUGGUGCGAAACAAGGGUGAUGAAGAACUGGAGGUUCCGCAAGCAUCUUCCGCAUGAUCUGCUGGGCGUUCGUACUCUCGAAGGAACAGACCUGGCUCCAACUUGGCGGAACGAUCUCCGCAUUGUCAAUGUUCCAUGGCUGAGAGACCAUUGUGUGGGGAACGACAUUAUCUUUCCAGCUGCAGCAUACAUCGCGAUGGCCGGUGAGGCGGCCUUCCAGCUUGGCGAUGGUAAAAAACGAGACUACACGUUGAAAAGCAUGGAUCUCCAUCAGGCACUGAUACUUCAUGAGGACAAGCCUGUCGAACUUGUCACAACGCUUCGCCCUCAGCGACUGACAGCAAGUCUUAACAGUGCCUGGAGUGAGUUCCAGAUCGUGUCUUUUGACGGAGAGGAGUGGAUCAAACAUUGUUCUGGCUUAGUCCGAACAGGUCUUGCGUCUUCUCGUCCUGCAUCGACCAGGAAGAUACCUGUGGCGCUUCCCAGAAAAAUCUCUUCGUCUCGCUGGUAUGAGACUAUGGCCCGGGCUGGGCUGAACUAUGGCCCUCGGUUUAGUGGGCUACGAGACCUCACAGCAAGUGUCACAGAGACAAAAGCCGUCGCAGCUAUCUCUGAUCAUCCCGGCGAGGAAUCUGAGUCACCCUAUGCGCUGCAUCCUUCGACUCUUGAUAUGGCCUUCCAAUCUUGGACAGUAGCCUCUGUGAAGGGCGACUACCGCUCAUUCCGAGACCUAAUAAUGCCAACAUUUAUCGAGGAAAUGUAUGUGUGUGCGGGCACCAAACAGAAAAUCCACAUCAGCACUACAAGCACUGGCCGUAACGUGCCUCAAGGCCAUUCAUACGGUACCGAUGAGAAUGGGAAAUUGGUCUUCCUCCUGAAAAACUUCUGUGCUUCCCGGUUGGAGCCGGAUGGAACGGGUCCAGACUUGACUGCGCUAUCGCUGCAUUGGAAGCCAGCUUUCGAGUUCCUCAACAGCGGCGAGCUGACGCGCCCGACAUACGACAUCCGAGAGCAACUUGCCCUGGUAGAGAGGCUCUAUCUGCUUUGCGCAGUGGAGUCAAACAAGGCACUUCAGGGUGUUACGGCCACUCAGCCACAUUUCGAGCGGUAUCGAAAUUGGCUUGCGACUCAAUGCACUCUCUUCACACAGCCCGGAUACAUUCUUGUCGAUGACUCGGCGGAUUUAGUCAACAUGUCUCCAGAGAAGCGUGUCAAGCUGAUCUCGACUGUAUUCGAGCAGUGCGAGAAGGCCGGCUGUGGGUCUAUUGCAACCGCUAUAUGGCGGACUUACGAUCAACUCGUCAACGUUUUCGAGGGAAAAACUGACUUCCUAGAUCUGCUGAUUCAUGAUGGCACGCUGUCUGCUAUCUACACUUGGAUGAACGACGUGUGGGAUGUAAGCGAGUUCUUCCAGUUACUCGGCCACAUGCACCCACAGAUGAGAAUCUUGGAGAUUGGGGCCGGCACUGGUGGGCUCACGGCGAAAGUCCUUGAACAACUCCGCUCGGAGUUUGGAGAGCGAUUAUACCUUCAGUAUACCUUUACUGAUGUGUCUUCUGGCUUCUUUCCGACUGCGAUGGAGAGGUUCAAGGAACAUGACGCCAUUGAGUACAAAGUGCUUGAUAUCUCCAGGAAUCCCUUGGAGCAAGGCUUCAACCGCGAGGAGUAUGAUCUUAUUAUAGCUUCCAACGUUCUACAUGCAACACCAAUCCUCCAUGACACGCUUGUCAAUGUUCGGACUCUAUUAAGGCCCCAAGGGCGGCUGUUUUUGCAGGAACUGUCUCCGAUGACAAACGGCAUGGCGUAUAUCAUGGGACUCUUCUCCGGUUGGUGGCUCGGCGAAGCAGAUGGUCGCAUCGAUUGUCCUUUCCUUCCCCCUGAGGAAUGGGAUACAAGGCUACGCGCGGCAGGUUUUGGUGGAUGCGAGACAGUGGCAUUUGACAACGAACGACCUUAUCAUGUCAACGCGAACAUCAUCGCCAGGCCAGCAAUCGAUUUUGAAUAUCCCCAGAACAUCACGCUUCUGUCAGGACCGUCCCGAAUCCACCCGUUGGCACUCCGGGUAGAGACACUGUUGCGAAGCAGCGGCUAUCAGCUUCAGCACUGUCAAUGGGGUCAAAAAGGGCAGCCUCCUCCUGGACAGGAUAUUAUCUCAUUCGUCGAUUUGGAACAACCUUUCCUCAAGGAACCCAUCGAAGCCGACUGGAACCGAUUCCUUCAAUUAAUCCAAUCCCUGGACCAGGCUGCGGUGAUCUGGCUUACGCCUCUGGCGCAAGUCAAAUCGAAGGACCCUCAUGCAGCCCUGAUUCUGGGAAUGGCUCGAACCAUUCGUUCAGAGCUAGCCAUACCACUGGCCACCCUGGAACUUGAGCACCAUGAUUCUGCUGGUGCAGCUGAUGCAGUGAUAAAAGUGACCAAGCACGUCCAGGAAUGUAAAGACGACAUGGGUGAUCUCGAUCCAGAUAUGGAAUUCUCCUGGGUCAGCGGCGAAGUGCACGUUGGACGGUUCCACUGGUCCCCGGUAGAGAAGGCACUGAAACAAGAAGCGCCCCCAGCCGAAACCAAAGCCCUGAAGAUUGGCAAACGGGGUUUGUUGCAGUCCCUGCACUGGUUUGGACGGCGGUUGCCUAAGCUCCCAGCCGAUCACGUCCAGAUUGAAAUGAGAGCUGUCGGCCUAAACUUCAAAGACGUCCUCAUUGCCAUGGGUAUCGUCGAUAGUGGUUCUGGUGAUGCCGUCCUGGGUGUUGAGGGCGCUGGAUAUGUCAGGAAUGUGGGCGCAGACGUCCACCACAUUCGAGUGGGAGACCGAGCGAUGGUCCUUGGAGCUGACUCAACCGGCCUGGCGACGCAGGUUCAAAGACCGGGCAGCUAUGUUGUGCCCAUACCUAGCCACCUCAGUUUCGAAGACGCCGCAACUAUGCCCGCUGUGUACAUCACGGUUUUGCUGGGUCUGGUUGACAAAGCGCGUCUCGAAAAGGGCCAGUCGAUCUUAAUCCAUGCGGCUGCAGGUGGGAUCGGUAUCGCAGCCAUCCGAGUUGCCCGUUGGAUCGGGGCGGACAUCUACUGCACUGUUGGCUCAGAGAAGAAGGCAACGUUCUUGGUGGAAGAACUCGGCAUCCCACGCGAUCGAAUCUUCAAUUCUCGAGACACCACUUUCCGAGAUGACUUGAUGGACGCCACAGAUGGGACCGGCGUGGACUGCGUCCUCAACUCACUCUCUGGCGAGUUACUGCACGCCUCGUGGGAGUGCGUAGCGUCGUCGGGCUGCAUGGUCGAAAUUGGGAAGCGAGACAUGAUCGGCCGUGGCCAGUUGGCUCUCGACAAAUUCGAAGACAACCGCACGUAUAUUGGAAUCGACCUUUCCAAGUAUUUUGUGACCAACAAGCCUGGCGUCAUGAGGUUGAUGAAGCUGAUGCUCGAGCUCUGCUCUGAGGGCCAUAUAACGCCGAUCCAUCCGAUCACUUCCUUUGGUGCCGAGAAAGUCGAAGAAGCCUUCCGGUACAUGCAGCAAGGAAUUCAUAUUGGAAAGGUGGUGAUCAAGUUUCCCGACACAGAGACAUCACUACCCUGGACUCCAGAAACGCCCACGCCUUCUUUCCGACACGAUCGAGCCUACCUCCUAGUUGGCGGGAUGGGAGGCCUGGGGCAGGCUAUCGUUCGAUGGAUGACAACGCAUGGUGCCAGGCAUAUUAUCUUCCUAUCGCGCUCAGCGGGCGCAUCAGAGGAAGAUAAAUCCUUCAUUCAGGAGCUCAACCUCAUGGGCUGUACAGUACAGGCCUGGGCAGGCGACGUCAGCGAUCCCGCUGUAGUGAAAAUUGCAAUCGAUCAGUCGCCGAUUCCCAUUGCUGGUGUCAUGCAAAUGGCUAUGGUGCUCUGCGACGUCGGCGUUAUUGACAUGGAUCUCGAAGCGUACCAAAAGGUCAUCCGACCCCGAGUGCAGGGGACCUGGAAUAUCCACAACGCGCUGCCAAACGAAGAACUGGACUUUUUCGUGCUGUUUUCGUCUGCAUGUGGCAUGGUGGGAUACUAUGGCCAAGCCAAUUAUGCCGCGUCAAACACCUUCCUCGACGCCUUCGCUCAAUAUAGACAUGACCACGGGUUGCCAGCAUCAGUCAUGGAUAUCGGCGCCGUCAACGACGUGGGGUACAUUAGUCGCACGCCAGCAGCCAAAGAUGCUAUGCUCGCGAGCGCAGGUCGUCUAAUCACAGAGCAGGACUUCCUUGAUACCCUCCAGCUGACUAUCGCCCGGUCAUCCAAGCCGCCAACCUCUUCUCCCGCAAGACCAAAGGCACAAGGAGCCCGUGGCAUUCAUUUCCACAACCCCAGCCAGGUAGUUCAAGCCCUGGAAUGCCAACUGCCGAUUAUGCACCCAGAAAACAACAUCAUCUGGAAGCGUGAUCCGCGGAUGGCUAUCUACCGAAACAUCGAGACGGUCUCGGUCCAGACGGAGGCGACGAGCAGCGGCCUCAAAACUUUCCUUACGGAGGUCAAUGCAGACCCAACUUUGCUCAGCCAGCCUUCGGCAGCGGAAUUCCUGGCCGGAGAGAUCAGAGACCGCGUGGCGACAUUCCUCAUGCGGAGAGAAGACGAAGAGCCAUUGGACCUCGGGCUUACGCUCUCAGAGUCCGGGGUCGAUUCGCUAGUGGCGAUUGAGGUUCGGAAUUGGUGGAAGCAGAGCCUCGGAGUGGAGGUGUCAGUGUUGGAGCUGAAGAACGGUGGAAGUAUGUUGCGGCUGGGAGAGUUGGCGGCGAAGAGAUUGCGGGAGAAAAUGGCCGACAAGUUAUCAUGA